AUGCCUCAUAAAGAGACAAACCAUGGCUUCUACAACAGCUUCUAAGUAUUAAUGAAAUAAGAUUAAUUUAAGUACUGCAUUUUGCACAAGGGCUAAUUCAUUCCUCCUGCUUACACUUAAGAUUCACACUGCCAAGAAUUAAAGAAUACAAAAGUACAGUGCAAGUGCAUCAAUUACAAGAAAACUGGCGUUAAGAAUCUUUAUGAGCAUUUCCUGGAGUGUAGAUAGAAUAAGAGACUUAAACGAAUGUGUAGAAAUUUAAACUGUCCUUUCUUUGGUAAGUUUAGAGCAGUGCUAGAUCAUGAAAUCAAUCGUAAAGCUUGCUAGGAUAAUUUCAAAAGAGUAUUCUGUGUCAUAUGCAAACAAAUAAUGCCAGCAACUGAGGAGUAAAUACAUAUGACUCUGAUGCACCCAAAUAAGAUUAAGCGUUCUUAAAUACCAAGACUCAACCUGGAUAGAUAAGCACUUAUGUCAGACAAGAAUGAAGAUAAAUUUGAUAGUGAAAAUCAAAGAAUAGAAGUUAAAGAUUAUUGUAAGGAGAGAGAUUUACAAAAGUAAGAUCUAAUUGAAAUACUCAAGCUAGUAGACAUUUCACAUGAACUUUUUCUUAAAGAUAAGAAGCAUUGA